AUGGCGGUCACGCAAACCAUCCAAGUGCCCCACCUGGGCGGCAUCAAAGCCGGAUACGCCAUCUCGGGGAGCGGGCAGAUCGACCCGUCCAAGCCGACGUGCGUGCUCAUCAAUGCCAUGUGUAUGACGGUGGCAUUGUACCGGGACCAGUUCGAGGACGAGAGGCUCACGGCCGCCGUCAACCUGCUCGCCAUCGAGCCGCUGGGCCACGGCGCCACGAGCUGCCCGACCGAGCACUUCACCUACUGGGACACGGCCAUCAUGGCGCUCCAGGUGCUGGACAAGCUGGGCGUCGAGCGGGCGUACGCGUUGGGGACGUCCCAGGGCGGUUGGAUGGUGGCGCGGAUGGCCAUCCUUGCGCCGGAGAGGAUACAAGGCCUCCUCGUGCUCGGCACGUCGAUGGACUACGAGUCCGAGGACUCCAGGUCCAAGGGGUGCUGGGACCCGGCGACCAUGCUGUCACCUUUCCUGGAGAAGUGGUCGAGCCCCGUUGCGGAUUUCGUGGUCGAUGAUGUGUGGUGUGGAAUGGUCGGCAGCGUCGGGUUCGGGGAUCACGGCACGCCCGAGAAGGCGGCCUUCUGGACCAAGACGCUGCAGGACGUCUACCGCGGCGACGAGGGCCGCAAGAAGGCCAAGAUGGCCCUCCUGAACCUCCUGACGAGGGAUGGCCUCCUCCUCAGGCUGAAGGAUAUCAAGUGCCCGGUCCAUUGGCUGCAGGGAACCAAGGACAUACCUUAUUCGACGACGGUGCCUGCUGAGCACAUCAAGUUGUUCACGUCUGCGCCAAAGGCAGAGCUGACUUUCAUCCCUGAUGGUGGUCACUACCUCAACGCGACGAACCCCUUGGAAGUUGCAGAUGCUAUGCUCAAGAUGAUUAUUGCGGAGAAGUAG